UUUGGGCUUAAUUUUACUCUGGUUAGUUCAUGUAAACGUUACCAGUUGUCCGGGCUGCGUUUGUAAUUACAGUUGAGAGGUGAACAUGCAGAAUGAUAGAUUGUUAGCUCAUACACUCGUAUUAUCAUCAGUUUCAUCUCCAUGUGGAAAUUUUUUAAUUUUUGGAACAAAUACCCAAAAAUUACUCAUUUAUUCAUUAUGCUCAUUGUCUUGUGGUAGAUGCACAAAUCGAAGGAAAACCACAGUGUAUAAUCAAUGUUAAGAAAGCAAAAUCUAUUUAUUCAUUAUGCUUUGCUAAAGAUUAUGUAUUUUGUGGAACAGUUGGUUUAAUUAUCAUAUACAAAUGGACUUCACCAACUGAUGGAUUUUUAAAGUAUUAUGACACAGUUCAUGUAACACCUUCAAAUAUGUAUACAACUAUUUCUGAAGUUACUGGCUUGACUUUUAACACGGAGAGUGAUACAUUAUUAGCAGCAUUGGGUGAUGGAACUAUUCAUACCUUUUCUGUUGGUUGUGAUAUCAGAGAGAAUUUAACACUUGUAGCACAUAAAACGACUAUUUACAAAAUAUGUAAUGUUGGUGUGCAUGAGUUUAGUACGUGCUCUGAAGACGGUACUGUUUGCUUCUGGGAUUAUAGAGUAUCAGCAAGUGGAAAUUUUAAAGCUUCAUCUAUAUUUAAACCUUAUCUAAUUGAUGGAUUGUCAAGACCUAAGCUUGGACCUUGGUUAACAGCAUUAUCAUGUAAACAGGGUGAAGAGGAUUGGUUUGUUACAGGUGGUGGUCCUCGACUUGCAUUAUGGAGUAGGCGUGCUGGAAGAAAUGUUUCUAUAUUACAUCCCGAAGGCGCAUCAUCUGCUUGGUAUGCACAGACUGUUGUAUUCCGUGAUAUGGAUAAUGAUUCACGUAUUCUAUCCGGUGGUAAUUCCAAUGUGCUGUAUAUGUGGGAUCAUAUGGGUAGCCUGUUAGCCUCACUCGAUUUAUACGAUCCACCGAAUUCACGAAUUAGUCAUAUUCUUGUUGUUGAUACAUUUAAUUUAUCUGAAUCAGUCGAAGCUUUAAAAGCGAAGUAUCAUUCGAAUUCUGCAUUUGUUGUUGGCGGAUGUGGACCAGUGAUACGAUUAGUUGCUAAUCUUGGUUACCCUCUUGGUGUACUGCAUUUAUCUUAAUCCUCUAUCACAGUUGUACUUAUAAAAAGUGUAUAUAUUUAUAAAAUGUUUUCAUAAUACAUACAUACGUACUUUAAAUUGUAUUCUUUUUUCUGUUUUGAGCAAAUAGCCUCAUUAUUCAUUCGUAUGUGUAAACGUUUUAGGCGCUGUGGUACAAUGUAAUUCCAUAUUAGAUAAGUUUAUUCCACGUAUGACAUAGUAAUGAUGCAGUAUUAACAACUGGAUGACAAGGUUUCCAACACAGCGGCAGUGUGCUCGCUGCCGACCACGCCUCACGUGGUCCGGGGUUUGAUCCCCGGCCACUGACUCACUCCUUCGCCUCCCUAAGCCAGUCAUAAAACUGGUAAAGAGGGAAGGUUGGGCAUGGGGUUAGCAACUCCAUGUUGUAAAAUUGAACACCGCUGCUACUGAAACUUCAAGUCUGUAGCUUGAAGCCACCCUAUGUUCCACUGGGGACGUGAAGGAGUUAAAAACAAAAUAAUUACAUCAGUUUAGUCACACGGAUUCACAAUUUGUUUUAUAUAUAUAUAUAUCUUCCCCCUUUCCGUCUCUUCAACUUCCCUUUCUUGUUUGUUGUCACUUUCCUUAUCUCCGGUAUAGGCGUCGCGUCACUGAUUAACCUCUAAAGCUUUGUUUAUCAACUCAACACUGCACAUGUGCAGUCGGAAAGAUGCAACACCUGUAACGGAUGUAUGGAAAGUGGCAACAUACAACACGAAGGAAAAUUGGAGAGACAGAAAAGGAGGAAAAAGAUUUAUAAAACAAGUUGUGACAACCACUGUGUGACUAAAAUUGAUAUGAUGAUUAUGAGCAGCAAUAAUUUAUACUUGAAACCUUGUCAUACAGUUGUUAAUACUGCAUCGUCACUUUGUGUGAUAUUUAAAAUUAGCUUAAGUAGAAUUGUCAAUAAUCCAGGAAUGAAAGUGGCAUUGAAACCCACAAACUCAAUUAGAAAAAAAACAAGGUGUAUCGGUUAAACGAUCCUGUGGAAGCAAUUAAACAAAACAAUUUAGUUUAUCUAAUGCCCUGCCUGUCAGGUCAAAUACAUAGGUCAGAGUAGUACGAAGGGAGGGGUCAGUCAGACUGCUAGAGCACAAAAUCCUACCAAAAAGUCUAGAUUAGUUGACCCGAAUAGGAUAAGAAAUCUGGAGAAUAGUCCAGCUGUAGCACCCACUACAUGCAAUUACUUUUUUAUUUUUAUUUUUGAUUACAGCUUGAUUCCAUACCGUAUUUUUGGUACAAGUAUGGAAUUUUCAGCAUGGACAUCGGUAGCCCAAAUUUUGCAGGCCGACCAUAGAUAAUAUCAGGUGUUCGUUGGC